GCUGAGACGCUGGUGAUGGGCGAUGUGACGUAUGGAGCCUGCUGCGUGGAUGACUUCACUGCCCGGGCGCUUGGGGCGGACUUCAUGGUGCACUACGGGCACAGCUGUCUAGUCCCGAUCGACUCCACCUCUGGUAUUAAGAUGCUCUACGUGUUCGUGGAUAUCCAGAUAGACGCCUCUCACUUCAUCGAGACUCUGAAAUUCAACUUCGAUCCCGGGGCCUCCAUCGCUCUCGUUAGCACCAUCCAGUUCGUGGCUGCUCUGCAGUCGGCCUGUGCAGAGUUGCGCCCCCAUUUCGAUGUCCUGGUCCCACAGUGCCGCCCCCUGUCCCCUGGGGAGAUCCUGGGCUGCACCUCCCCCAAACUGGAACGCCCCGUCAGCGCCAUUGUGUACCUUGGAGACGGGCGCUUUCAUCUGGAGUCGAUAAUGAUCGCUAACCCUGACACUCCAGCUUACAGGUAUGAUCCGUACAGCAAGGUGUUCUCGCGGGAGCACUACGACCACGAGGCAAUGCGGGGCACCAGGAAGCAAGCCAUCGAGACGGCUCGGAGGGCACAGAGCUGGGGGCUGAUACUGGGGACGCUGGGCAGGCAAGGGAGCCCCAAGAUCCUGGAGCACCUGGAGUCCCGUCUGCAGGCCCUCGGUCUCCCGUUCGUUCGAGUGCUGCUCUCUGAAAUCUUCCCCAGCAAACUGGACCUGCUGCAAGACAUCGACGCCUGGGUUCAGAUUGCAUGUCCAAGACUCUCCAUUGACUGGGGGACAGCCUUCUCCAAACCCCUUCUCACCCCCUACGAGGCUGCAGUUGCCCUGAAGGAGGUGGAGUGGCAGCAGACCUACCCGAUGGAUUUCUACUCCAAUCAGAGCCUGGGACCGUGGGCUGUCAAUCACCCAACCAACCAACCCGUGCGACCGAGCAGAAAAUCAGCCCAGGUGUGUGCAGUGGGGAGGCGGGACACGCACACACACACACACACACAGACAGCAACGGUGGAUCCAUUUCAAGUGGUAAGCAGGGUGCAGCCCAGUCCACAGAGUCCACAGGCAAGUCAGAGGAGUGCGCCACCUGCAGGUGCAAAGAGGAAUCGACACAACCGCCAACCAGCCCCCCUGUCACAGCAAGCAGCCAAUGAGAAACAAGACGCCAGACGGACAGCGUCGGCCAGCGAGACUUCAACAGCCGCCCUUUGAACCUUGAUCCAUUAGGACCGCUCCAGUUCUGAGCUGGUUCUUUGAGCCUUGAUCCAUUAGGACCAUUCAAAGGAACCGCAAGUCUUGAUACAUUGCAGAGCUGUGAAUAAGGCUCCCGUUGCAUAGCAGUUUGAUCCAGUGCGGGUUUUGCUCUGAGUUUAGUAAGACACAUGUGAGCUUGCUACCUGUACACUGUAGCUAAUCGAACCUGGGAUGGAUGAAAGUGCUAUGCAGGAGGAGUCUUAAUUUCACCCCUGCAUGCUGGGUUGUUUUCUGUAGGUGUGUUAUUUAAAGCUGCAGGUGCUGGUCCCACGAUCAUGUUUAAACCUGGCGUGCGUGCGUGCGUGUAUAUAUAUAUAUAUAUAAUAAUCAAGUGCUUCUGACAAAUAAAUAAAUACAUUUUCAGAAAUUUUUUUCAUCAGUUUUCAUCUGUUUCUGCAGCGCAUGAUAAGAAUGCUGCUCUUUCCAUUUGCUGAAUGUUUGGUUGUCUCUGCGGCGGGGUAGAGUCCGCAGAUUGCAAUCUUUAAAAACUAAUAGCCUCGCAAUGCUUGGCAUUACAGAAUAAGCUGGAGCAGCAAGUCACCGCUCUAUCUCUGUUGCGACUUGCAGUUUUAUUAAAGUGCAUUUCCUUAGGGAUCUUUAUUUUAAAAAAGAAAGAGAAACCAUGAACUUUUUCACUGUAAUCUGCGCUAUUGCGGAUGAGAGAGGGAUGUUUCAUCUUGCUUUUGAAAGGAAAUCGCAAGUGUCUGAGGGAAACAGCCUCGCAAGCGCAGACUGUCGGAUGGAGAAAAAGACGGAUUUGAUUCAUCAGAGUGUUACAGUGUUUGCAAAGGACAGGAACUCUUGCUAUGCGAUGACACCACGCUUUAUAAGAGAUGGGGCUAAUCUUGUUUUCCGUGUUUUAAAAUCUGAAGGAAUAUUAAAUUAUAUAUUAACACAGACAAAACGACACACGCUGGAAUUAUAUAUAUAUAUA